AUGGACUCCGCAAUCGACCUCUCGAACCCCGAAAAGGCCCUCUCCCUCGCCCACAUCCGCUACCAACUCAUCCGCCUCGAAGACACCGUCCUCUUCCACCUGAUCGAACGCGCCCAGUUCCCCCUCAACAACACCAUCUACACCGCGGGCGCCAUCCCCAUCCCGCACUCCCACCUCUCCUUCAGCGACUGGGUCCUCCGCGAGCAGGAACGUCUGCAAUCCCGCAUCCGCCGCUUCCAAUCCCCCGACGAAUAUCCCUUCUUCCCCGAUGCGAUGGAAGAGUUGAUCCUGCCGCCGUUGCAGUAUCCCAAGAUUCUCUGGGAGAACGAUGUCAAUGUGAAUGGGGAGUUGAGGAGGCGGUAUGUGCAGAGUAUCCUACCGGAAGUGUGUAUGCGACGCGAGAGGGAGGAGAGGAGCGUAGAGGCACAGGAGAACUAUGGGAGUGCGGCGACGGCGGAUGUCAAUUGUUUGCAAUCGCUUUCCAGGAGGGUGCAUUUUGGGAAGUUUGUGGCCGAGUCCAAGUUCCGGCAGGAUCCGGAGAAGUACGUGAAGUUGAUCAAGGCUGGGGAUACGAAGGGGAUAGAUGAGGCUAUUACGGAUUCGAAGGUGGAGAAGAAGGUGUUGGAGAGGUUGAGGUUGAAAGCGGAGACUUAUGGCAUUGAUUCCGGUAUGGAGAAGGAUGCUCCGAGGAAGAUUCCUGUGGAUGCUGUGGUGGAUAUGUAUCGGGAUCAUGUUAUACCUUUGACAAAAAUUGUGGAGGUGGACUAUUUGAUGCAGAGGCUAAAAGAUACAGAGUGGGAGUGA